UAUGUGCGUCACUGUGUGUUUGUGUGUGUGUGUGGGGGGUACGGCCUCCUGUUCCUGUCCAUCAAACAGUUCCAAACAAGAUGGCAGCUCCUCACUGGACCUUCCUGCUCGCAGUGUGUGUUGCUAGCUUCUUAACGGCUGAAGCCAGCAAGAAUGCCCCUGUUGGCCAGUUCUUUGUGUUCGAGCUUCAGAAAGAGGUCUACCAGGCCGACUUCAACCCUGUGAGCAAAAUCUAUGGGCAGGUUCCCAAUGACCCCAUUGUGUUCAAGUGUAAUAAGCAGUUCUCCCCUGACCUGCCGGGAUGGCUACGUUACACGCAGAGGCAUCCCCAUGACAACGGCUUCCUGUACGGAACGCCCAUGGAGGAGGACAGGGGCAAACACAUCAUUGAGAUAACUGUGAUUAAUAGACGGACUUACGAAACCUUCGAGGACAGUGUGAUCAUUAAUGUGGUUGGACGAGCGAAGCUGAUGCCAUUCCAGGCCGAAUUCUUCAUCCCACGCAGGGAAAUUGAGAAGGUGCUGCCCCCUAGUGUUCAGUAUGAUAUACUGCAGGACGUGCAGAAGAUGUGGGGUGCGGAUGACCUGGGGUUUGUCAACAUCACGUCUGCGCUGGACCGCGGUGGGCGGGUGCCUCUGCCCCUUCCUGGAUAUUUUGAGGGUGUGUAUGUGAAGCUGGGCUCUGAGGCCUACUUCUCUAAGUGUCUGCAGGGAGUGCUGACCUGUCCGAUUAGCCAGUAUGUGAAGGUGUCCACAGACUGCAGCGGCAGCUGCUUAGUGGCCAGCAACUGCGUGGAGUGGUGUCGCACCAGCCUGAUUGACUUGUCCAGUCCUGAGCCCCCCCCUCCUGCCCCUACCAUGGGCUCUGGUAUCCUGGAGACGGGUGGCGAGUUCGACCCCCCCGAGUCCCCCCCUCCCCGGGACUUCUUCCCUGACUACGUCGCCACGGUGAUCUUCCCCUUUGUGCUGGCUCUGAUCUUGUUCCUUCUGCUGGCCUACAUCAUGUGCUGCAGGAGGGAGGGCCUUGAGAAGAGGGACGCCAUGACGCCCGAACUGCAGCUGCACCAUCACCACACCAUCAUAGAGAACACUGACGAGCUGCGAAGCAUGGCGGGCACCAGGGAGGGUGUGCCCGCGCCACUCUCCACUCUGCCCAUGUUCAACAGACGCACCGGGGAGCGCCCGUUGCCCCUGCAGCGCACCUACCAGCCCGACAACAUCCCCCUCAUCAUGGCCCAGCAGGAGCCCAAUGUGGACACCCUGCCCAGGAAAUGAAGCCAUGGGAAUUGACCAAGUGAAGACGUAUGGUUUGCUGUGGUUUCUAAUAGAGCAGCUGUCCUAUUCUGAAUUCUGAUGUGUUAUGUUUGCUCGGUCUGAUGUGUUUAUUUAAUUCUGCUGUGAGUGAAACAUGCAUUUUCACAUGUUUAGUACUUUAACGUGUUUACUACUGCACAUGUUUAGUACUGUAACGUGUUUGCUACUGCACAUGUUUAGUACUUUAACGUGUUUAUACUGCACAAGUUUAGUACUGUAACGUGUUUGCUACUGCACAUGUUUAGUACUUUAACAUGUUUGCUACUGCACAUGUUUAGUACUGUAACGUGUUUGCUACUGCACAUGUUUAGUACUUUAACAUGUUUAUACUGCACAAGUUUAGUAUUGUAACGUGUUUAUACUGCACAUGUUAAGUACUGUAACGUGUUUGCUACUGCACAUGUUUAGUACUGUAACGUGUUUGCUACUGCACAUGUUUAGUAAUUUAACAUGUUUAUACUGCACAAGUUUUUAGUAUUGUAACGGUUUU